GCCCAACCUCAGAGAGGAAGCAGAGCCCCGACCCGGGGGGGGAAUCACUGAGCCCUGUGUCUGUUAUGGAUGAUGGGAAAAGGCUGCGGCUGUCACAGCCCCCCCCUGUUUUCAACCCUCUCAACAAGCCUGUUGUUCCUGAGCGAAGCACUGAAAAGUCCAAAGAGUGGUAUAAGACAAUGUUCAAGCAGAUCCACCAAGUGCCUGAGUCCAUUGAGGAAAACCCGUACCGCCCCACCUACAUUUUCCCCGAGAAUUAUGACAUUCCCAUGAAAAUAAAAGAUGAUGGCCCCGCCCCCUUUACUUACCUUGAAGAUGGAAAAGCGGUCCCACGCUCACAGAGUGACAGCGUGGUGGAGUCCAGAGGCAGAUCGGUGCCGGUGCCAACUCGCUACUCCUCCCUCAAACCUUCAGCCAGAAGGUCAGCUCUUCCCUCAUGACCUUCUGAUGUUGAAAACCCAGAUUUACUAUGUUUUCAGUUUGUCUGUCAGAAAUAUUAUAUUCAUUUGUAUUUUUAAAGUUUUAAUUCAAAUUGUUUUUUUUAUUGAUAACUGACUCAUAAAUUGAUGUUUGAAGAAAUUAUCAAUUUGAUUUUUUGAAACGAGAACGUCUCUUUAGGUUUCUUUUUUUUUUAAACAUCAGAUACUCUGCAAUGAUUUUUACAUAAAUACCCCUCCAGUUCAGGUGAAUAAAAACGUCCAGAUCUGCUCCUGGACCUCAGGUUGCUCUGUUUCCCUGAGGCUCCGCCUCCACCUGAGGGCUGACCAGCGGCUCCACUCAAACAUGUCAGCAGGAACACAGGAUCCUCCUCCUCGCGGAAAUGAAUAAUAGAGUGAUGAAGGGAGCAGGUGAUGGAGGAUAAACUGCUGCCAACAAAAGCUGCAGAUGACAGCUUGAGGACUGACCUUCCCGGCUUCUCUGUGAGCUUCUGUUGAACCUGCCGUUACCACGGUUACGGACAGCUCCAGUGAUAAAGACAGUCUAUGCCUCGAUGAUCUCAAACCUCAUUUUUGAUGUUGGUACAUGUUUUCCUGCAGGGCUUUUUGCCGCAGGCUCCAGUUCGGCUGCUUUGCAUUAACAUCAGAUU